AGGUCCCGUUGAGUCGAGUCGUGCAAGUGAACGACAUGAAGAAAUCCAUCCGCCCGGCAAACUGACCCAGAUCAUGAUGCUUUUAAAGAUGAAACAGCCUUGUCACCUUGUCCUCACCGAACCCGAAUCCGGAAACUUCCAUCUGAUAAAAGAAGCUUCCAUCCUUGGAAGGGGUCGUUCAUCCGGCCUGUGAUGGGCUUAUAGGUAUCUACAGGUAGGUAGUGUAGGUAAUGUACUUAUAUCCACAUCUUCUUGGCUUCCGUCGUCGUUGUCUUCAGCGGAUCGCGGGGCAUUUGAUUCCCUUGCUGCUGCUUCGCGCCCAAUGAUGAGCUGUGUUUCACUGCUGACCACUGAGACCGCUGGGUGAUGGCCUGUGCCAGCCCGUCGUGCGGCUCCCGACUCGUGCGUGGCCGGGUGUUCACGCCUUGGGAGCCUCAGCGCCGGGCGGGCCUGGCAGUGGUCUGCAGCUGGGCAGUGGUCUGUGCCCGGACUGGGCAGCUGCCGGUGCACGUGCAGCCCGGCAACUGGGGCGCUGGUGCCAGGGAAUUUUCGGAGUCGGAAUUGCUACACUAAGUAUACUGAGAGAGACUACGUGAAGCUCAGUCCUCCCAAGCAGUGCUCGCUGCGCAAUCAUCUAGAACCGUCAAUUGGACGACAUCGACCCCUCCAACCAUGAUCUCCCGAUCGGCUCUCUCGAGGGGAAGCCAGCUGGCCCUUCGCCGCCCGGCCGCUGCGAAGACGGCCCAGCGCGGCUUUGCUGCUGCUGCUGCUUCUCCCGCGGCGUCAUACGAACCCACCACCAUCGCCGGCGUCAAGGUUGCCUCGCGCGACGACUCCGGCCCGACCACCCGCCUCGCCGUCGUCGCAAAGGCCGGUACCCGUUACGAGCCCCUUCCCGGUCUGACCGUCGGUCUGGAGGAGUUUGCGUUCAAGAACACCAACAAGAGAACCGCCCUCCGCAUCACCCGCGAGUCCGAGCUCCUCGGCGGCCAAUUGCAGGCCUACCACACGCGCGAGGCCGUCGUCCUCCAGGCCUCCUUCCUCCGCGAGGACCUCCCCUACUUCACCGAGCUCCUUGCCGAGGUCAUCUCUGAGACCAAGUACACCACCCACGAGUUCCACGAGCUCGUCGAGAACUGCAUCCACGAGAAGCAGGCCAAGCUCGACUCUGCCGCCAUCGCCCUCGAUGCCGCCCACAACGUCGCCUUCCACAGCGGCCUCGGUUCUCCCCUCUACCCUACCGUCGACACCCCUACCUCGUCCUACCUCAACGAGAACUCGGUCGCCGCCUUCGCCAACCUCGCCUACAACAAGGCCAACAUCGCCGUUGUCGCCGAUGGUGCCAGCCAGGCCGGUCUCGAGAAGUGGGUUGAGCCCUUCUUCAAGGGUGUUCCCGCCACCAGCUCCGGCAACCUGAACACUGCCGCCUCCAAGUACUUUGGUGGUGAGCAGCGCGUUGCCAAGAACGGCAAGAACGCCAUCGUCAUUGCCUUCCCCGGUGCUUCCCUUGGCGUCCCCCACCCCGAGACUUCCGUCCUCGUCGGUCUCCUCGGCGGUGUCUCCAACAUCAAGUGGUCCCCCGGUUUCAGCCUCCUCGCCAAGGCCACCGCCGCCAACCCCGGCGCCGAGGCCUUUGCUCACAACUACGCCUACUCCGAUGCUGGUCUCCUCGCCAUCCAGAUCACCGGCAAGGGUGCCGCCGUCGGCAAGGUCGCCGUCGAGGCCGUCAAGGGUCUCAAGGCCAUCGCUGCCGGUGGUGUCUCCAAGGAGGACCUCACCAAGGCUAUCGCCAAGGCCAAGUUCAACCUCCUCUCCGCCAGCGAGGUUUCCGGCACUGGCCUCGUCCACGCCGGUGCCAACCUUCUUGCCGGUGGCAAGCCCAUCCAGGUUGCCGAGACCCUCAAGGCUCUUGAGGGCGUUACCGCUGAGAAGCUCCAGGCUGCUGCCAAGAAGCUCCUUGAGGGCAAGGCUUCCGUUUCCGCCGUCGGUGACCUCCACGUCCUUCCCUAUGCUGAGGAUCUCGGUCUCAAGGUAUAGACGUAGACUAGACUUUGGGGGCGCAGAGCGGGUUGUGCAAUUCGUAGUUAAUUGAAAGAGGAAAUACCUAAACGCAGCGAAACGAACCGAUUGAAACUGGAAAGGCGUGGAUACUUUUUUGAGAAGACGCCAGGGUUGGGAGACAAAAACCAAAACCGUGUACCAACAGCAAAACCGGCCGGGAUGAAGUGUGUUGUAGACCUUUCUCGUUGUGAAGCGGGAGAUGAAGAACGAACGGCUGGGGACCGACGACUUUUUGUGCAUAUACAAACCUCUAGACUUUUUAUCAUUCCUCGCCACUACUUCUCUAGCAGAGCUAUAAAACACAAAAUGCAGCAGGCAUUAUUUCUUUUGUUGACAUUGGAUACCUGUUACAAACGAGGGUGAAAUGUCAAGCUUAAGGAAUGAGAUGAGAUAUGCUAGUGAGUUUUACGGCGAAGAUAAGUAGUUUGGAAGAGACGAGAAUGCUUGAGCUCAUU